AUGAAAAAAUGCAUCGCCAGACGUGCUGUUAAUCGACACUGUAUUCACCCCAAUGUAUAUGGAUUUCGUCCCUGCACAUUGAGCGUGCUCCCAUUAUACUCUCCACCCGUAAAAACGAGGUCGAAUGUCAUGUGGAUGCUUGUCUCUGCUAUGGAGGCGAAGACAAUCAUCCCUUGGGCCCGGCCCACGAUCUCGGCAUCCAAACUGGGCCCAGUUCUCACUGGGUCAUCCAGAACGGCAACAAGCCCAAAAAACGUCGGUGAAGAGGGCGUGGAAUUGGCCAUGGCAACGUUUAUAGGUGUUGGGAGGUUCGCAACGAGAGGUGAUACAGAU